AUGGCCGGUGUAAAAAUAACUGAAAGUCUAUUUGGUGUUACAAAGAAUAAAAAUGAAAUAAAAAAAUAUACUCUUUCAACAUCGGAUGGUUUUGAAGUUUCUUUAAUUGAUUAUGGUGCUAUUAUUCAAUCAAUUCGACAACCUGAUAAACAAAAUCAAAUAGCUGAAAUUACACUUGGUUAUGAUACUUUAGAAGGUUAUGUUGAUGAUCAAUGUUUUUUUGGUGCUACAGUUGGUCGAGUAACAAAUCGAAUAAAAAAUGGUCGUUUUGAAUUAGAUGGUAUUACAUAUGAAUUAGGCAAAAAUGAUAGUACUAAAAAACAUCAUUUACAUGGCGUUUUUAAUAAACGUGUUUGGGAUAGUACAACAGAAAAUAGUGAUACAGUUGUUUUUAAAUAUCAAAGUCCUGAUGGUGAAGAUGGAUAUCCUGGUCAAGUCAAUGCAACUGUUAAAUAUACAUUGACAAAUGAUCAUCGAUUAAUACUUGAUUUUCAUGCAACAGCAACAAAACCAACACCAAUUAAUAUGACAAAUCAUGUUUAUUUUAAUCUCGGUGGAGAUACAAGUGGAACAAUACUUGAUCAUCUAUUCGAAGUACCAGCUGAAAAAUUUCUUCCAGUCGAUGAUGAACUUAUUCCUACUGGAGAAAUUAAACCAGUAGAAAAUACUCCAUAUGAUUUCAGAAAAUUAACUCGAAUUGGUGAACGUAUUGAUGAAUCUUUUGAUGGUUAUGAUUUAAUGUAUGUUAUUGAUGGUAAUGGUAAACGAUCAUUUGCCAAACUUAUUCAUGAACCAAGCGGUCGAAUAAUAUCUGUUGAAUCAACUCAAAAAGGUCUUCAAUUUUAUACCGGAAAUUUUUUGAAUAAUGUUAAAGGACGCAAUGGAGCAGCAUAUAAUAAACAUGGUGCAUUAUGUUUAGAAACACAAAAUUAUAGUGAUAGUGUUAAUAAUCAACCUCAAUUUCCAAGUAUUAUUCUUCGUCCCGAUGAAGAAUAUCAUGAACAAACAACUUUUCAUUUUCAUUUGCAAUAA